AGAUAAUCAUGGGCUAUAAUAAGAAAGAGAAAGAAUGGUGUGUGUGCAUGUACAUGUGUGUGUACAUAUUAGAAUGGCUGAGCAAGCUGAAAUUAAGACUGGAGAGUACUUCAAACACCUUGGAAGUAAGAGGUGCAAGUACUACGAGGUUCUGAUACCUAACGAGUUCACCCCCAAACAACCCUGGGGAAGCUUCCCUCAAGACAAGUGGGAUGAAGUAGGAGAAUGCUACCCAGAGCACUUGCGAAAAACUCCUAACUUCACUACACACAUCCCCAUAUAUCGUGUAUCCCACAUGACACAUGAUGAGUCAGCAAGGAGCAUCGGUUCUACAUUACCACAAGGCUACUACACAUUCAAGACAAGGGCCAGACUAGGGAAACAAGGUGAUCUAACUUGGGACGAGACUACAAGCUACGGUGGAGCUUCAUUAGGAGAGACAUACAAGCAACUUGAAAGUGGAGAAUUCGAGCUACUCCAACGAUCAGAAGCGAGCCCUGUGUUCCCAGGUUAUCUAUCGUGGUGGGGAAUCGAUGUCAAGCCAUUUUAUAACACACAGGAGGGAAAUGAAUUAUGUGAAAAUAUUAACGAUAUCCAGAAGAACAGACUGUACUAUGUGCCUGGCUAUCUAAAUGAGCGAGCAAGUUCCAUCUACGGCAACAACUCCUACAGUCUAGCAUUUCCUGACCUACUUACCAGCUAUCAAACAGCGAGAGACGAUAAGCCUAGGGGUGAAAUUCAGCUUAAAGUCGGAGGAACUUUAUUGUAUAAGCAAGAAAUUUGCUACGUAGUCAUGGUUGGUCUAGAAGGAGACAAAAAGCUUCGAUCAAUGCCUUCUAUGGGGGAUUACGAGUACUUCAGUCCCUUCCAACACAAGGGACUCAUUAAUUCCGAAGGAGUCGUCAUCGAUCAACAAAAAACACCGAAUUUCAGAGCAUUAUGUAUCGUUAGCAGUUUUAAGGACAUUAAGUUCAACUGGGAGCAACUAGUAUUUGCACUCUAUUUCCCCAACCCAGAGCAAGAGCUCACUUGCCAAAAGGAGUUAGUUCAAACCAGUUCUGUGGACCACCAUAAAUUCUGCAUUUCUACGCAACCACCCCCUAAUGGAGGAAAAUGGGUGUGUCCAAACAAACUUUCAAGAGAACUAUAGAAUCCACAUACUAUUUUUACUAAAUUAAAAUUACAAAUGUAUGAGUGUAAAUGUGUUUGGUACAUAUUAUACUUUAAUUGUCAUUG